GGCGGCGUCACGAGUUGUGCCGGGGCUCAGCGGGCGCUCGCCCCACGGGGGCCGCGGCCGGCGGGAGCGGGGGGGCAGCCAUGCGCUUUGCUACCCCGGAGCCAUUCGGGAUUUAGCUCCCCGGAGGAGGAGGCGGCUUUAGAGGAUGUCGACCUACAAGCGAGCGACGCUGGACGAUGAAGAUCCCUUGGACUCCAUCAAUGAAGGCGAUGGGUACCCCAAUGGUUUCCAGGUGAACUUCCGCGGCUCGAGGGGCAGCCCGGGGUGCUGGGCUGAGCGGACGCGCACCGAGAAGCAGCUGGUGGUGGUGGUGGGGGUGCUGGCAGCUGUGCUGGCCGCCUGUCUGCUGGGCCUCAUCUUCCAGUACAGAGCCCGGCCACCCUCUGUGUGCCUGUCAGAAGCCUGCAUCUCCGUCACCAGCUCCAUCCUCAGCUCCCUGGACCGGGCAGUCAAUCCCUGCGAGGACUUUUUCAGCUACGCCUGCGGGGGCUGGAUCAAGGCCAACCCCCUCCCCGAUGGCCACUCGCGCUGGGGGACCUUCAACAACCUCUGGGAGCACAACCAGGCCAUCAUGAAGCAUCUGCUGGAAAACACCACAGCCAACGUGUCGAGCGAGGCAGAGCGCAAGGCACAGCGUUACUACCAAGCCUGCAUGAACGAGAGCAAGAUCGAGGAGCUGCGUGCUGCCCCACUCAUGGAGCUCAUCCAAAAGCUGGGUGGCUGGAACAUCACAGGUCCCUGGGCUGGUGACAACUUCAACGUGACGCUGCGGGAGGUGACAGCACAUUAUCGCACCUCGCCCUUCUUCUCCGUCUACGUCAGUGCUGACUCCAAGAACUCCAACAGCAAUGUCAUCCAGGUGGAUCAGUCAGGGUUAGGCCUGCCAUCAAGGGAUUACUACCUGAACAAGACAGAGAAUGAGAAGGUGCUGGCUGGGUACCUGAACUACAUGGUGCAGCUGGGGAUGUUCCUGGGAGGCACCAGCGAGGAGUCAACACGGCAGCAGAUGCAGCAGAUCUUAGACUUUGAGACGGCCUUGGCAAACAUCACCAUCCCGCAAGAGAAGCACCGGGAUGAAGAGGUCAUCUACCAUAAAAUGACUGCUGGGGACCUGAAGGAGCUGGCACCAGCCGUGGACUGGAUGCCCUUCCUCUCCACGGUCUUCUACCCCGUGGAGCUCAAUGAGUCGGAGCCCGUCGUGGUCUACGCCAAGGAGUACCUGGAGCAGGUCUCUGACCUCAUCCUGGCCACCGAUAAAUGUCUCCUCAACAACUACAUGAUCUGGAACCUGGUGCGGAAAACCAGCCCCUUCCUUGACCAGCGCUUCCAGGAUGCUGAGGAGAAGUUCAUGGAAGUGAUGUACGGGACAAAGAAGACCUGCCUCCCACGCUGGAAGUUUUGCAUCAGCGACACGGACAACAACCUGGGCUUUGCCCUGGGGGCCAUGUUUGUCAAGGCCACCUUUGCUGAGGACAGCAAGCAGGUGGCAGAGGAGAUGAUCGCAGAGAUUAAAACAGCCUUCAAGGAAAGCCUGGAGACCCUGCAGUGGAUGGAUGAAGAGACGAGGAAAUCAGCCAAAGAGAAGGCAGAUGCCAUCUACAACAUGAUUGGCUACCCGAAAUUCAUCAUGGACCCCAAGGAGCUGGAUAAAGUCUUUAAUGACUACGAGGCUGUGUCUGAUCUCUACUUUGAGAACGUCAUGCAGUUCUACAACUUCUCGGCCAGGGUGACUGCCGACCAGCUCCGGAAACCACCAAACCGGGACCAGUGGAGCAUGACUCCUCCGACAGUCAAUGCCUACUACUCUCCCACCAAGAAUGAGAUUGUCUUCCCUGCUGGCAUCCUCCAGGCUCCUUUUUACACCCGUGCAUCUCCCAAGUCACUGAAUUUUGGUGGGAUCGGCGUGGUGGUGGGCCAUGAGUUGACACACGCCUUUGAUGACCAAGGCCGGGAAUAUGACAAGGAUGGCAACCUGCGUCCCUGGUGGAAGAACUCCUCAGUGGAGGCCUUCAAGAAGCAGACAGCGUGCAUGGUGGAGCAGUAUGGCAACUACACCGUCAAUGGUGAGGCCGUUAAUGGCAAGCACACCCUUGGGGAGAACAUCGCCGACAACGGGGGCCUCAAGGCCGCCUACCGGGCAUAUCAAAACUGGCUGAAAAAGAACGGGGAUGAGGAAAUCCUGCCAACCCUCGGCCUCACUAACCACCAGCUCUUCUUUGUCGGCUUUGCUCAGGUGUGGUGCUCUGUUCGCACGCCAGAGAGCUCGCACGAGGGGCUGAUCACCGACCCCCACAGCCCCUCACGAUUCCGCGUCAUCGGCACCGUCUCCAACUCCCGGGAUUUCGCGGAGCAUUUUGGCUGCCCCCUCGGCUCCCCCAUGAAUCCCCCCAAGAAGUGCGAAGUCUGGUGAUGGGCGCUCCAGGGAACCAGCUGCCGGUUGCUUCAUCCUCUGCUGACAGCUGAACUUCCUCUGUCCUUUUGAGAGGCUCAAACCACUUCUCCAUGCAACGAACUGCCCAGGUCUCAGCCGGAGCAGCGCUCCCGCGUCCCCUGGUAUCAUCCGAGGUUCGAUCCACUGUGAAAACUCCUCAUCCCCUCACUCGUCUGCGAAACCACUUCGAUUUGGGAGGGGGGGAGGAGUCUUUUCUUUCCCAUGACUGAGGCACGUGUGUCCCUGGGCACUAUCCUGUAUUUACACACGCAGAGCUCCAGCCUGACCCAGUGCUCCGGUCAAAUGCCUCUUUUUGGAGGUGAUAAAGGGAAUGUCGUGACACCGGCGGGUUUGGCUGCGUGUCCUCAAUACACCCGACGUACCUUCCUCUCUCCAAAGAUGUGCAUGUGAGGAGGGAAAAGAUUUUGAGAUAUAUAUUUUUAGGGGGGAAAUGUAUCUAUUUUUUUCAUGCGUUGUGGAAUACACUGGAAAAUUUCAGGGAAAACUAAUUCAAAAGUUUGGGUUUUUUUUUUAGUAGAAGAUUAGUAUAUUUAUUAAUUUUUUUCUUUUUACUCGGUGUAUAUGCAGCACCCUGUGAGGGCAGUCCUUUUGUUGAGAAAAGCUGGAUGGGGUUGUAGAUGCAGGUAGUUGGCUCUGGAUCCCAGGUUUCUCCUGGAGGGACUGUCCUCAGAGGAUGCUGAUGCGGAAAUUUGGGACAGUGGGCUUGGAGACAGGGCUGGAGGAUGCUGUGGGUGGCAGAAAGGUUCUGCUGGGAUGCUUCAGCUCCUGGGAUUAGCUUUAAUUUUGGAGUGCAAAGGGAAAAGUUGCCGUGCCAAAGAUGUAAGCAGGGUGGGGAUGGUGUGGGUGAAGCCCCUGGUUCUCCCUCCUGUCCCCUCUGAAGCCAGGUCAGCCACGAUUCCCCAGCCCAAAAAGCUUCCCUGGACAAGUGCAGGUGGUUCCUGCUGCUUCGCUCACUGCCAUGCCCAGCCUCUAUGCCUGGGAAACUGCAAACCCCAAAAUUCACCAUGAGCCCCAAACCUCUGUCCCUCCACAGCCAGUUUGGCACCAGUGUGAGAUCUGGCUGGGAUAGGGCCAAGGGGCUUCCUUAAAGGUGUGUUUUUUAAUACUCUUUUAGCAGUUCUGAGAGAGGAAACAACUGCUGGUAGUUCAGGUGCUAUGUGUUGUCUCAUGGAGCACCUUCUUGCUCUGGACAGAAAGCAAAGAUGUGGAGGGAUUUUUAAUAUUUAUAUGUAAAAGGAGAGAUGGGGGGAGGGAUCUUUUGUAACUAUUUUUUCACCCUAUGUGUGGGACUUAUUGUAAUUGAGAUAAUAAAUACUUUUUACUGGG